AGAGGAGGGAAACAGACAAAGAGAGAAGAGGGAGUGAGCAAGUGAGAGCCCCUACUGGAAGUCCCCACUGAGUGGAGGAACAGGGGAGCAGAAGAGAAGAGUGAACCACGCUGUCUAGCCAGGAGGGUCUCCGCCGCACGUGCUCUUCCAAAGACAUGCUGAUCCUCACCUGGGUCGGCGCCCUGGCCUUCCUGCUCCAGCUCCCUGCCAAUAAAGCUGAACUGCACAGGCAUCACAGGCAGGUGUCGCCUGGAACCCAGCCUGGUGUGUGUCGCUACGGCAGAAUGUUAGACUGCUGCUAUGGCUGGAAGAGAAACAGCAGAGGACAGUGUGAAGCCCGAUGUGAGCAUGGCUGCAAACAUGGAGAGUGUGUCGGGCCCAACAAGUGCAAGUGUUAUCCUGGAUACACGGGAAAAUCAUGCAAUCAAGACCUGAACGAGUGUGGCCUGAAACCCCGGCCCUGCCAGCACCGCUGCAUGAACACUCACGGCAGCUACAAAUGCUACUGCCUCAACGGGUACACGCUUACACCCUAUGGCUCCUGCUCCAACUCGAGGACGUGUUCCCUGGCUCACUGCCAGUACGGCUGCGAGGAGGUGCACGGGGAGACACGAUGUCUGUGUCCCCCUGCUGGGCUGAGACUGGGCCCGGACAACAAGACCUGCGUGGAUAUUGAUGAAUGCGCAUCUGGAAAGACGCUUUGUCCUUUCAACAGGAGGUGUGUCAACACCUUCAGCAGCUACUACUGCAAGUGCCGGAACGGUUAUGAUCUGGAAUAUAUUAACGGAAAAUAUGACUGCGCAGACCUCAAUGAGUGCUUGACCGGCACCCACAGGUGCAGCCAGAAUGCCGAAUGCCUCAACUCCCGUGGCUCCUACAAGUGCAAGUGCAAGCCCGGUUUCCGGGGCAACGGGUUCCACUGCUCUGCCAUUCCAGACCCUCCAGUCAAGGUAACCAGGAUCUUGGGAGGCAGUAAGCUGGACCGCGAGCAGUUCAAGAACGUGAUUCCGGAGUCCGGGGUGACUGCAGGCCCUCGUCUCCGACAGCAUGCAUUUGACACCAAGGGAGGAGCGCAAACCGAAGACCCUGGGGCGCAGGGGGCCCGAGACAUACUUUCUGAGCAAGAAGGGGAACAGGAAGAGGAAGGACAGCAGAAGCUGGAGAACCGGAUACAGAGUAAGGAGCCAAGUCCCAGAGGAGAUGUUUUCAACCCCGAGGAGUUUGAGUCUCCAGCAACAGAAGUAAAAGCGAUACCCAUAACUCCAGGUCUGGAAGACUUCAUCAUGGACUGCAGCUUUCACCAAGGAGCAUGUGAAUGGAGCCAGGACAAGGAAGAUGACUUUGACUGGAAUGUCGUCUACUAUAAUAAUGGACUGGAGUACUACAUGGCUGUGAGCGGGCUCCUGGGAGACAGCGGUGACCUGGCCAGGCUAAAGCUGCUCCUCUCGGACCGAGUUCAGCAGGGCAGCUUCUGUCUGACAUUCAGUUACCGGUUGAAGGGGGAGGAAGUGGGGACACUGCGGGCGCUGCUGGAUGACACCCGGUACCCACUAUGGGAACAGAGCCAGAGCCUGAACCAGGACUGGCAGACGGAGCUCGUCACCGUGGUCUGGGAGGAGAAACCUCCCCACAUGAUCAUCUUCGAGGUGGAGCGUGGCAGUGGAGUUGGAGGAGAGAUCGGGCUGGACCACACAGUCAUCGCCUCAGGACCUUGUCGCGCAAACGACCCAGUCGUGCUUUAGAUCUCUUCUAUACCUCCUUGACCUGCAGAACAUGCACUUGGCGUGUGAUGAAGAUGUGUGACGCACGUAGAAGUCCAGGGCUUCUGUCCCAGCAAUGACAGCUGAUUCAUGAGGAAGUAGAAGUAUUUGCAGACCAGUCAUUAUUUCCAAAGGCACUCACACUGUACUGUAUCUGAAAUCCUCAAGGCUUUGACAUGUUUUUCUACCAAUCAUUUUCAGCAUGAGCAAUAUCAGUGCUUAUAAUGUGUCAGAUUCUCUGCUUCUUAUACAGGAUGAUGAACUUAUCGCAGCCAAUUAUUUCAGGCAUUUAACCGUCUUGAGUGGAUAGUUACGUGACCUUGCAGUCAUUGUAACAAUGAUAUAUUUCCUUGAAAGGCAUGUCACUGAGACAAGUUAAUUGCUGGUACUGGUGUAUUAUUCUAAAUGUUGAAAGAAAAUCAUUUUAAAAGCCAAGGUGCCUAUGCAAAAUCGUGACUCAGGUUUCAGGUGCUGUAGAGUAAUCAUGUGAUUCUGUGUCAUUUUGCUGUCAUCAAGAAAAAGCUGUCUUCUGCAUAAUGCUAAAUGCUAUAUUAUAUUCAGAUAAAAUGCUAAUAAUAUGCAUCACAAAAAGCCAAUACAAGAAUUGCAAAAACAAUGGAAAAAUAUAUCAUCCAUUGUAGUG